GGAAAAAGCUGUUGGUCCCUAGAGAAUAAAUAGUACACUUUGCUUCUCAUCCAAAUUUACUCUCAAAAGAGCAUCAAGUAAUCUACUUGCAAUAUCAACUAUCAAAGAUUCAAGGCAAACUAAUCACCUAUAAAUUGCUUCAUUUGCAUUAGGAAUUUAAUAACAUACCGGAUUCGAUGGCGGAAGUGCAGGUGGUUGAAGCGCUUUUGUUCGGCGAUCAUGAAGCCAAGGCUGCAGCCGCGGAGGCCGUUACUCAUUUAACCAAUAAGCAGAGACAAAAACUGGCUGAAAAUGGAGCCAUUCCUGCUAUUGUAUCCAUGCUUCAUGCUCCUCCAGAUUUCAAAUCGCUAGAAUCCGCCAUUUUCGCUCUCCUCAGUCUUGCCUAUGGCAGCGAAAGAAACAAGAUCAGGAUUGCGAAAGCUGGAGCGAUUCCUCAACUUUUAAACCUAGUUCAAUCACAAAUCCAUCCAUUGAUUGAUCAUGUAAUAGCAGCUCUUCUAAUCUUAUCAUCAUGCUCAGCAAACAAAUCAUCAAUGGCUGCUUGUGGUGCCAUUGAAAUCCUAAUUCAAACCCUUCAUGAAAACAAUAGUACCCAAGCAAAACUUGACAUCAUAGUCACUCUCCAUAACCUAUCACAAUGGAUUCCCAACAUUCUUUUAUCAUGCGCAUCUUCUUCCUUAAUCCACCUCGUAAACCAGUCCGAAAAGUCAUCAAAACUAGUCGAAAAAUCAAUGGGGUUGCUCGAAAACAUAGUUUCUUCAUCGGAAAUCGCCCUGCAAGAGAUUGCGUCGACCACAUUUGGGAUUCGGGCACUUGUGGAGACCGUAGAAGAAGGUUCAAAGCAUUGUAAAGAAUACGCGGUGGGGAUGUUGUUGAUGAUAUGUGAAAGUAGUAGAGAAACAUAUAGAGGGAUGAUCUUAAGAGAAGGAGCAAUCCCGGGGUUAAUGCAGGUUAGCAUCGAUGGGACCAAACGCGCUAAAGCAAGUGCGAAAUCACUGCUUCGGCUUUUGAGGGAUUGUUCGAGCGAUUUCAGAAGUGAAAGAUCGAAGAAUGUGGUUUUGGAACAGGUUAUGGGUGAGAUUGAUAGAGGUGAAAUGAGGGGAAUUGAAGUUGGAAUGGUGGAAGAGAUGAUUGCCAGGCUUAACAUGUGAAUCUUUGAAUAGAAACAGAGGUUUUUUUUAACUUUGUGAUUGUAAAUAUCAAAAUUCAAGUUCAUACAUGGGUUUAAUCAGGUUAUGGAGUUGUAUUUAAUAUAUGUAAACUGUUUAUUAAAAACUAACGAUAGGAAAUAUUGACGGAUCAACCCGACUUGAUGUAUAAA